AUGGCGGAGGGAGAGGAACCCAGUGUACGCCUGGGCCGCUACGUGGGCAGGAAAUCGGACCAUUCGUGUCCCGGUGACCACGUCACCUGGGAGAUCGUCUUGGCCGAAGGCGGUCAGUGCACCAUUGAGUGCAGGUCUGAGCUGUCGCCCUCCAAGGGCGGAACGCAGGCUUGGCAUGUGGAGGGCACGUGGGAGGAGGAUGACGAUGAAGUGGUGGUGUCCAUCACCAAGGAGGAUCCUUUGGGAGGUCCUCGGAGUGACAGAGAUGUGACGCUCCAGGUGGAUGACGAUGUGCUCACCUUCAAGGGUGCCAAAUGCCAAUGGACAAGUCCACCACCGGAUCACUUCCUGGACGCCAUGGCAGCACUGAGCCUCAAGGAGCUCAAGGCUAAAGCGUUGAGCUUCGGUCUGGAUCCCACUGGCUGCAUCGAAAGAGAGGAGUUUCUAGAGCUAAUGCGCCGCGGCAAAGCAGCCGGCGCCCUGAAAGAGGCAUCGCCUGUGGCAUCGCAGCCCUCGCCCUCACCCACAUCGCCUUCCAACAAAGUGGACCAGGCCAGUGCUCCCACGGAGAGCCCACAUGCCAGUGCCAGUCCAGUGGCCAGCCAAGGCGAUGCUCCUCCUGAUACGCCAGAGGCCCCACAGGAAAUUCCAGCUGGUUGCUACAGCCUGGAGCAAUUGACCGACAAGCGAACCUGGGAGAAGCUGGAUGUGGUCUCAACUGAACGGGAGACCUACCUUCCCGACGGCGUCUUUCAACAGCUUUUUGAGAUGCCCAAGGCCGACUUUGCAAAGUUGCCAAAGUGGAAGAAGGACAAACCUCAAAAAAAAGCACGGCCUUUUCUGAACGGCGAGGUUUGUGAGCGGGAUUUAGUCAACUUAGUCAACUUAGUCAACGUCCAGUCUGCACCAAGCCUCGCAGUGACGGAUCGUGUGUACAGGUGGGUAUUUGGGCUUGCGCAGCCCCGAGGCUUCAACGGCUUCGAUUUAGAUUCUAAAAAUUCAGAUGUUUGGAGGCGCCACCUUGACAUGACUUUGACAUGGACCUCCAACCAGAAAAUCCCUAGAUGGUGGGCUUCGAUGGAAAGCCAAGGCAACUAG